AUGACGUAUGUUAUAAUUGUAUAUACUCCAUUCAUCACGGUGGCCGGUCCGUCUACAGCGGCCCGAUUCACUCUCUCCUCACUCACGAGUCACCACUCAUCCCAUUGCCCACCCCCUUCCCCUCCAGUGCUAGCUACUCACCAGCUCCUCUGUGCUGCCGCCGGCACUCCAUGGCGCACACCUUGCGACGGUGCUGACACCUCCCGGAGCAACUUCGCAACCCCCGCCUCUCCCUACCGCGUGGCUGCGCCGUCGUCAGCCUCCCACCCACACCCCACCACUCCGUGCUGUUAUGCGAGAUCCGGGGGGCAGCGCUCUCGCGGACGAGCUCGCAGUCGGCGGCAUCCACGCGCGGCGCCCUCUGCUUCGCGUCCCCCGCCCCGCGCCCCCCGCCGCGCGGCGCUAGGCCGGUCGGCCUCUUCUGCUGAUCACUUGCUUACAAGUUUUCUUGAGCAUUUCCCCACUUUCCCAAAUUCUUUCUUGAUUGGUGGAGCUGCAGAUUACUUUGUGAUUGAGCUCACUGCUCCAGAAGCUAAAUUGGAGCCAGUACUGGUACACUACCUUUCCCGCAUGACCAUCCUUCAAGGCUGGGAGUUGAGGAUGAGUACAAGCACCAGACUAAAGUCGUGCCUGCAUAGCUUCACAUCUCCUGGAGGCCGUGCCUAUCCAAGAAGAGUCGUCCGGCAUGAAGCCUGGAAUACAUUGGAUUUACUUUAUCUCAUUAUGGUUUGGUCUACCUAACUGAAGUUCAUAACGCCCGGCGACUGACGCGCGGCCGGCCUCUUCUGCUGGCAACGCCCGGCGACUCACGAGCGCCAUGCAGCGCGUUGACACCCUGCAACAAGCCGUGCUCGCACGGAUGGUCGGAGAUCGAGCAGGAACGGAGGAAUGGAUCUUACCUUGACACGGUCGGCUCCCCUCUCUCCCUCCGCAUCCUGCAUCGGCAACUCUGUUGGAUUGGUACCGUCGGUGAAGUUCGAUCUUGGAGGUUAAUAUAUUGUUAAAGGACUCAACGUCUCUGAAGAGUUGAUAAAUGUUGACUGAGAUAAACAACAUUGUUUCUCGUUCAUGAUGGGUCGAAGGACCAUGGGCCAAGUUCACUACAAGAAUUUAUACUCACCGCCAGGUCGCUUGUUCUUCCACGGGGGCAAAAAUCGCCACAAUCCGUACGUUUCCUGCACUACUUAAGUGGGUACUACUCAUGCACUCAUGCCAGCAUUUCUCAUGGUUUUCGGCCAGUUUUCUUUUCACUUAAUUAUCUGGUCACCUCUAUUCUCCUUAGUUGAAUUACGGUGCUCAUGUCCCUUCUGAGAUUUUAUCUAGAAAAAACACUCAUGCCAGCAUUUUAUUAGGAAGCAACAAUAUGAGUAGUGAAGUAUUGUUAUGAUAUAUCCAGUGAAAAAAACACAUACAUUGUGUCAUCUGAUUUAAUCCCGAUCCACCUUUUCCUGAUUACCUGCAGUUUUUACCUAUUUUGCGUGCUUCAUAAAUUGGUACUGUUGUUUCUCAAGGCAUGAACACAAAGAAGAAGCAUGAAGUCGGUAAUUAGCUUGUAAUGAUAAACAUACUCUUUUUAACUAUGUCAUCUGUUUUAAUCCCGAUCCACCUUUUCCUGAUUACCUGCAAUAUUUAAAUAGUUAGUAUGACAUCCUAUGAGAACAAAUAAUUAAAAUCAUGUGAUGGCACUUGGAGAUUUAACAUCCUAUGAAAUAUUGCUUCCCUCGUAUUUUUUCCAUCUUCAGUAUCAACCUUAUGUAUUGGGCAAGUCUAUUUAAAAGGUAAGAACGUCAAAAUCAACCAUAUUUAACAUCCUGUAAUUAAGAAGAAGCCAGGUUACUCCCUUCACUUUAUGGGGGUAGAACGUCAAAAUCAAAGAAUACAACAGGUAAGAAGACACACAAGACAGACAGUUCUGUUGCAAGUGUGAAAUCUUAAAUACAUACUCCCUCCGUCCCAAAAUUCUUGUCUUAGAUUUGUUUAGAUGUGAAUGUAUCUAGUCAAGUUUUAGUAUUUAGAUACAUCCAUUUCUAGACACAGUUAAGACAAUAAUUUUGGGACGGAGGGAGUAGAAGAGAGGUUAAAUACAUAUAACAAGGGUUGCUCUCUCUAUAUAUUUAUUUAGUGAGGGUAGCAGAUUUGCAAGAAAACCAUAUAAUAGUUAGUUAAAAACAAAACAAAGGCUGGACUGAAUUAAUCAAGCACAUGUUAAGUUUGGUGUUUAGACAGCAAGCCAUACACAAAGAGUAAGAAGCACAGGAUCAUAGUAGGAAUGCUGAACGCUUAACAAAGUAGCAAUAGCAUGAUUUAUUAACCAUAAAUAGAGUCUGUUCGGCAAUCCACCAGCUCCGUGAAAUAUGGGAGCACACGGAGCAACACUUUGGCGACUCCAAGAAAAUGGCAUGCGGGCCGCUCCGCUCCGGGACGAAGAAAGCGUGGAGCUGACUUGUUUGGUGCUGCUCCGGCCGUUCCAGGAGGAGCAGAGCUGCGGAGCGGAGAGCUGUCGAACAGGGUCAUAGGAAGUUUCACCAAGACACCGGCUAUAUAAUUUCUUCAACACAUAGCAAAGCUUUCACAACUAAGAGACCAGGGGCUACACUCUAAAACCUGACCAAGUACUGUGUUACCAGAAAAACAAAAUCCCUACCCCUGUCGUACUUUUAAACUUGUAAGACUGCUAACCUUUAUUCCUCGGGUUGGAUGCUAGUCAAAGAUUCGAAUGAACUUCUCCACUAAGCUGAAGAACAACAGAAAUAAUUUUAUAUAAUAAAAUGUAGAGUUCUACAAUAUCUGAAUCAACCUAGUAUGUUGCUUAGCACAGAUUCCAGAAUGAACAUUAAUAAAAUAAGGAAGUAACAACGACGCAGACAGUGAAACUACAAUCAAUUUAUCUCUGGAUGAAUUAAUUAGUAAGCUCUGAUUCAUACAAAACAUUAAUUGACUAUGUUCUGUAAACUGUUUUCUGCCAAGAAAAAAUGUGAGAUUUUCAUCGUUGUUUUAGAACUAUAACCGAUCAGUGGCAAGUUCUCUACGAAAUUAGGAUGCAGAGGCGACGCUGAUCAGUGCAUGUCCGCACUAACUGUACCUGGCUACAUUACUUUGGUUGUACUAAUGGACACCCACAAUACUUACCAUGGGUGACAUUGGAUUCUGACUAAUUGCUGAAGUUUGCCUGGAAGUGCAAUGGAUUACUUUACCCAAUUGAUACACUAUUUCGUUAAGCCUAUCACUAUGAAAAUUAAUAGUGCGUAGCAAGCAUCAGUUCUGAAUUCACCAGUCAAGAUAGUGCCAUAUUACUGAUAUAUAUCAGUCAAACUUUUGGCUAUUGUGUAGUAGCAUGGUUCAGUUUAGCUCUUGCCUAUAGACCUGAAUCAAAUUUGGAAAUAGUUGUAAACUUGAUCCAAGGGUCUAUCGAAUUUUCAGAGAUGUGUUUUGUUCAGACAACAAACAAGUGAUCUGCAAUGAUUUUGCUAAUCAUGAAAAUAAGAAAGCUUGAGUUCGUACGCAAACUAAUUGACUAUCGAUCGGCACGACCAAAACAGAUGUCAAAUUAGAAACAUGAAUAUAAAUUAGUAUUGCUCGAGCACCUGGAACGACAGAUCUUGGCUGAGGCAUUGGCAGACUUGAUUCCGAUGAGGUUGGCAGAAUAACGAGAUUCCAGCGAGAUCGACAGAAGGGUGAUAUUCCGACGAGGUCGGCAUAACACGGCAAGACAUCAAUUUGAAGCAUUGACGAAACGGUGAGCUUGAAGCAAUCUCCAGCACGGGAAGCAAUUUAGUUGGGCUUCCAUUGAGGUAAUCGAGAAGCCCCAGCCUCUGUUCGUCUGUGGUGUUGAAGGCCAGCAACACCAUCCCUGCACCAAACAUCAUCAUCUGUGAAGAUGGAUUAGGAGUGGGAGAGGAGGAGUGCCUGCGGUACCUGAAAACCGGGCUGAUCGCCAUGUACGCGGAAGACCCUCUCUCGCCAUGGGGGCGCCCCUACAGCCUCGUCAUGGCCGCCAUCAGCUGUGGGAGCGCAGAUCCGGGGCCUCCCUUGGUCGCAAGCCGGCUGGACGUCGUGCUUCAUUGACGAGGAUGAGCCAGGGGUGUCGCAUCGCUGAUGUAGGAGCGUCGUCGACGUGGGCUUCGAUCUGGAAUCACUACCGCUCCAGAUCCUUGCCAUCCAUUAUCGCCGGCUUCUGGUGGCUUCCGAUGUCGUCGCUGGAUGCCAGCAUCGCCGUCGCUUUCGGUGGUUUCCGGUGUCGCCGUCGGCUGCCAGCGUCGCGGCGGGGCAGGAGGGAGACGGCGGAUGGGGAUGGGCAUCGAGAUGAAUGGGGACUUUGUUUUUUUCUGCAAAAACGAAACGGUAUCUCAGAUUAGCCACUUUAGAAAUGACUGCGGGUUGGAUUCUAAAAACCACAGGGACGUUAUUGCAAAAAUGCCGUGACGGUGAGCUGGCUGGUUGAACCAUCACGACGACGGCAGAUCCCCCUUUAAUAGUGGAGAUACAGUACUUUGGUUGUACUAAUGGACACCCACAAUACUUACCAUGGGUGACAUUGGAUUCUGACUAAUUGCUGAAGUUUGCCUGGAA